AUGCAAACACCGUCUAGGAUGGCUAAUAACGUUCACAUGAGUGGGCUGCUGAGCCGCCACGAUGACGAAGCCACCAGGACCUCCACCUCAGAGGGCUUGGAGGAGGGUGAGGUGGAAGGGGAGACCCUCCUGAUCGUCGAGUCCGAGGACCAGGCUUCGGUGGAUUUAUCGCACGACCAGAGCGGGGACUCUCUGAACAGCGACGAAGGUGACGCGUCCUGGAUGGAGGAGAUGUCCUAUUACUGCGAGAAGUGCCAGAAGUGGAUUCCAGCAAGUCAACUGAGAGAACAGCUCAGCUACCUCAAAGGAGAUAACUUUUUCAGAUUUACUUGCUCUGAUUGCUCAGAAGAUGGGAAGGAGCAAUUUGAACGGCUGAGAUUAACAUGGCAACAAGUUGUCAUGCUGGCAAUGUACAAUUUGUCUCUGGAAGGAACAGGCCGUCAGGGGUACUUCAGAUGGAAAGAAGAUAUUUGUGCUUUUAUUGAGAAACACUGGACUUUCUUAUUAGGGAACAGGAAAAAGACUUCAACAUGGUGGAGCACAGUUGCUGGCUGUCUCUCUGUGGGAAGCCCCUUGUUUUUCCGCUCAGGGGCACAGGAAUUUGGAGAACCGGGAUGGUGGAAACUGGUUCAUAAUAAACCCCCAACAAUGAAACCUGAAGGAGAGAAGCUGUCUGCGUCUGCACUAAAGGCAAAAGCAGCUUCAAAGCCACCUCUGGAUCCCAUCAUUACUGUGGAAGGACUCAGGAAGCGGGUAAGCCGCAAUCCAGUCGAAUCGGCCAUGGAGCUGAAGGAGAAGAGAUCUCGCACUCAGGAAGCCAAGGAUAUUCGGAGAGCCCAGAAGGAGGCAGCCGGCUUCCUGGACCGGAGUACUUCCUCCACUCCCGUUAAAUUCACCAGUCGAGGCCGUCGUCCCGAUAUCGUCCUUGAGAAAGGAGAGGUGAUCGACUUCUCCUCCUUGAGCUCUUCAGAUCGUACUCCUCUGACUAGCCCUUCUCCUUCCCCAUCUCUGGACUUCUCUGCUCCUGGCACUCCAGCCUCGCAUUCAGCUACUCCCAGCCUUCUCUCAGAAGCAGAUCUCAUCCCAGAUGUCAUGCCACCACAGGCUCUGUUUCAUGAUGAUGAGGAGAUGGAAGGAGAUGGAGUCAUAGACCCAGGAAUAGAGUACGUGCCCCCUCCCAGUGGGACAGCCGGUGCCGGCACUGUGAUAGCGAGUAGAAAAAAAGUGAAGACAGCUGAGCAGAUCAAGCAAGAGGUGGAGAGUGAAGAAGAAAAAACAGAAAGGAUGGAAGGUGACAGUGAAGAUCCUGAAGAGUCAAACGCAUCACUGCAGGUGAGGGGGCGAGAAAAGAGGAAGCCACAGCUGGAAAAGGAUGCUAAGCCCAGAGCUCCCAAGCAUACCUCUGUUAGCAUCUAUGAGGAAAAGCUGCUGCUGAAGCGACUGGAAGCCUGUCCCAAUGCCAUGAGCAUGACCCCAGAGGCCCGGAGACUGAGGCGCAAGCUGAUAGUCAGGCAGGCCAAGAGGGAAAGAGGACUGCCGCUCUUUGACUUGGACCAAGUUGUGAAUGCUGCCCUGCUCUUGGUUGAUGGGAUUUACGGAGCCAAAGAAGGAGGCGUUUCCAGGUCCCCAGCAGGGCAAGCGACGUACAGAACUACUAGCCAGGACUUCAGGAUCUUGGACAGAUACCAGACGAUGCUGCCUGCCAUGAAGGGAUAUCGACAGCAGACAACGAAGUUUCUGUAUCGACUGGUAGGCUCAGAAGACCUGCUGACAGACCACAGUAUUGUCAGUCCUUACACAUCCCGUGUCCUGAAACCUUACAUCAGGCGCGAUUAUGAGACAAAGCCCCCAAAACUCAGGCUGCUGGCAGAAAUCCGGGCGUAUCCACACAGGAAUGAUCUCAACUGGAAGGCUGAGCCAGAAGCACCCGUUGAUUACUGCUAUGUUCGCCCUAAUCACAUCCCCACUAUAAACUCCAUGUGCCACGAAUUCUUCUGGCCUGGAAUCGAUUUGUCAGAAUGCCUGCAGUAUCCAGACUUCAGCGUUGUCGUCCUUUACAAGAAAGUUAUCAUUGCCUUUGGCUUUAUGGUGCCAGACGUGAAAUACAAUGAAGCUUACAUCUCUUUCCUGUUAGUUCACCCUGAGUGGAGAAGAGCUGGGAUUGCAACCUUCAUGAUUUACCAUCUUAUCCAGACCUGCAUGGGCAAAGACGUAACCCUUCACGUCUCUGCAAGCAACCCUGCUAUGCUGCUCUACCAAAAAUUUGGAUUUAAGACUGAAGAAUACAUUUUGGAUUUUUAUGACAAAUACUAUCCCUUGGACAGCAAGGAGUGCAAGCACGCAUUCUUUCUCAGACUGCGGCGCUGAUCCGUCCGAGGGUCUGCGAAAAGCCCAAUCCAUCAAGCAAAGAACUACCGCAGCUUUCAGCCGAGGACGUUGGCUGCCACGUGAGAGCUGGAACGCACCAACGCCUUUAUUCCUAGGACUUCGAAUAUCAACAGUGCUAUGUUGUGUGCUGAAAGUGCAAUCCAAGAGGACUGAUUCCUACCCUCCAAGGGGAGAGGCCUGGAAAUGCCAACUGGGACAUGCUGAAACCACUGGAAGACUGAAAUUCUUUAUGGGGAGUUUUCCUGCCACUGUUACUUUGGAGAGCCUCAUUGAGAAACAAACAAACACUGCCCCCCCCCCCCCCCCCCCCCAAAUACUUGUCACUUCAGAGGGGGCCCAUGGAUUUCAGACUUUGAAACCUAUCCAGGAAAAGUCACGGGGUUUUUGUUUCUCUUCUUGUUUAUGGGAAAUGAAUGUCUAAACUUAAAUCAUCCACAGUGUUUCUGUGAUUUGAUUGCUUUAUUAGGAACCGUGUCUUGAAUCUAUGAAGGGAAAUAAGAUAUUGGUGCAUCUAGCUGGAUGCUAACUUUAGGAGAGCUCUACACAUGCCAGAACAGCAAUACUGGAGCCAUGUUUUAGGAAUAAUGAAGAGCGUGUGAACUCAUGUGAUCCCAAAUGGAAGGCUCAGAGGAGAUGUCUUUUCUUCUGCUCCUUCCCUACUGCCUUCCUUUCCCCUCGUUGACCCUGUGCUCAGUGUGAAGUUCUUGUAGUGCGCAGUGUUUUGUGUUCAGGAACAAGAUGUCAAGCGGGUUUGUAGCUAGGCGAGGUAGGACACAACAGCUGCCAAAUCAGCUCUUUGAAAGCUUACAACCUAUCUGUCAGUUGUUGAUGCUGCAGAUCAGCCCUUUGGGCACACCUCUAACCACAGAGCCAGCCUCGCAGGCUCCAGCAUCCACCUCCUCCUGCUACAGACGCUCUGGCUAGAAGAAACCCAGAACAAAAAGUCAGUGGUGAUGUUUGAAAUGCUCUGGUUUAAAGAAGCGAUCUGUUUGGAGCUUGGAGGGAGGAGAAGCAUAGAUGUGGGCCAGUUCCAGUUCUUGAAAGCAUCUAGGCUGUGAUUUCAUGGCUCUAUGUGUAAGUAAAGAGGAGAGCAAAGAAUAAAUAGAAAUAACCAAGAAUUAAAAAAAUACAAACCCCAAACAGUUUCUGUGGUAGUGGGGUCUAGUCCUUUUACACAGUUUAGCAGCUUUGCUCUCUCCCUGACUUUUAUUGCAGAUGAACAGUAAGUUGGCAGUUUGCUCUGCUGCCUGACCAAAGGUCAGUCCAUGCGUUUUAAAUACGAACCACAUCCACUGUGCUGUUCCUUUCACAUCAAGCCCCACGGAGAGCUACACAACAAAUGUGACUUCUUUGUUCUUAAUCCACUGUGUAUACCUGUUGGGUACCUGGCUAUAGUAGUAGUUGCCUUAAUGGAGUCUUCAUUUUGGUAACAGCAGAGAGAUGGACACAAAGUAUGUUUUUGCGUAGCCAAUGUAUAUUGUCACCAAAACAAAAAUGGUGUUAGUGGGAGGGAAAAAGAACCCAUCCAAGUGUUGUGUGCCCUAACAUCCAUGCACAUUUCUGCCUGCUUUAUGACUAUGUGAAAAUUUUCGAUGUUACUGAUGUUAUGAGUUAGCUGUACUUGGAAGGAAAAAGUAUCUGUCUUUAUGAAUGGAAUUAAAGCUCUUCCCUUGGAAAAGCC